CAUUGGACUUCAGCAUGACUACUCAGUUGCCGGCUUAUGUGGCAAUUUUGCUUCUCUAUGUCUCAAGAACCAGCUGCCAGGACACUUUCACUGCAGCUGUUUAUGAACAUGCAGUGAUAUUGCCCAAUGUCACCCUAACACCAGUGUCUCGUGAGGAGGCUUUGGCAUUAAUGAAUCGUAAUCUGGACGUUUUGGAAGGAGCGAUCACAUCAGCAGCACAGCAGGGUGCGCAUAUUAUUGUGACUCCAGAAGAUGGUAUUUAUGGCUGGAACUUCCGCAGGGACUCUCUCUAUCCAUACUUGGAGGACAUCCCAGACCCUGAAGUAAACUGGAUCCCCUGUAAUAAUCCUAACAGAUUUGGCCAGACCCCAGUACAAGAAAGACUCAGCUGCUUGGCCAAGAACAACUCUAUCUACGUUGUGGCAAAUAUUGGGGACAAGAAGCCAUGCAAUACCGGUGAUCCUCAGUGUCCCCCUGAUGGCCGUUACCAAUACAACACUGAUGUGGUAUUUGAUUCUCAAGGAAAACUGGUGGCACGCUACCAUAAGCAAAACCUUUUCAUGGGUGAAGAGCAAUUCAAUGUUCCCAAGGAGCCUGAGAUCGUGACUUUCAAUACCAGCUUUGGAAAUUUUGGCAUUUUCACAUGCUUUGAUAUACUCUUCCAUGAUCCUGCUGUUACCUUGGUGAAAGAUUUCCACGUGGACACCAUACUAUUCCCAACAGCUUGGAUGAAUGUUUUGCCACAUUUGUCAGCUGUUGAAUUCCAUUCGGCUUGGGCUAUGGGCAUGAGGGUCAAUUUCCUUGCAUCCAACAUACAUUACCCCUCAAAGAAAAUGACAGGAAGUGGCAUCUAUGCACCCAAUUCUUCAAGAGCAUUUCAUUAUGAUAUGAAGACAGAAGAGGGAAGACUCCUCCUCUCACAGCUGGAAUCCCACCCAUCCCGCUCUGCAGUUGUGAACUGGACUUCCUAUGCCAGCAGCAUAGAACCGCCCUCGUCAGGAAACCAGGAAUUUAAGGGCACUGUCUUUUUCGAUGAAUUCACUUUCGUGAAGCUCGAAGGGGUUGCAGGAAAUUACACAGUUUGUCAGAAAGAUCUCUGCUGUCAUCUAAGCUACAAGAUGUCUGACAACCUAGCAGAUGAAGUGUAUGCCCUAGGGGCAUUUGAUGGACUGCACACUGUGGAAGGGCGCUAUUAUCUACAGAUUUGUACCUUGUUGAAGUGUAAAACGACUAAUUUAAACACUUGCGGUGACUCAGUUGAAACAGCUUCUACCAGGUUUGAAAUGUUCUCCCUCAGUGGCACUUUCAGAACCCAGUAUGUCUUUCCUGAGGUGCUGCUGAGUGAAAAUCAGCUUGCACCUGGAGAAUUUCAGGUGUCAACUGAUGGACGCUUGUUUAGUCUGAAGCCAACAUCCGGACCUGUCUUAACAGUAACUCUGUUUGGGAGGUUGUAUGAGAAAGACUGGGCAUCAAAUGCUUCAUCAGGUCUCAUAGCACAAGCAAGAAGAAUAAUGCUAAUAGUUAUAGCACCUAUUGUAUACUCAUUAAUUUGGUAGAAUAUUGACAUUUUCUGUUUUUUACUUGGGAUAAUUUAAAAAAUGAUGGAUAAGAAAAGAAAGAUUGUUCUGGGUUAAUAUUGUUCUCUAGUAUAAGUGAAUUACUGAUUUCUCUUUAUUUAGACAAACACACACACACACCAGAUAAUAUAAGUUUAAUAAAUUAUCUGUUAAUGUAGAUUUUAUAAAAAACUGUAUUUGAACAUUGGUCUUUCUUGGAAGGGAGCUAAUUAUAUCAAAUAAGUAUUACAAAUCUUUUAUGCAGAAGAAAUAAAAACUACGGGUAAAAAACAUAUCAGAACUAUCAUAAAAUUUACUUACAAGAAGGCUGCUCUUGUUACCACUUUUAUUAUAAUACAUAUCACUUAUUCAGCUCUGUUGAAAAUUUCCAAAGAUUUUAUUUGUUUGCUAUUUUAGUUUUUUACCUAAAGAAUGCAUUUUGAUUCUCUUGUGGUUUGAAUAAUGUCUCCCAAAAAUUUACAUGUUGAAGUACCUCAGAAUGUGAUUGUAUUUGGAGACAGGGUCUUUAGAGAGGUAACAUAAGGUCAUUAGGAUGGACCCUAAUUCAAUAUGACUGGUGUUCAUAAAAGAAGAGGUGAGUAGGGCACAACCGGCUCAAAGGGAGACCAUAUGAAGACACAAAGGAAAAACAACUCUUUACAAGCUAAGUAGAGAGUCCCUCAGAAUAAACCAACUCUGCCAACACCUUGAUCUUGGAUUUCCAGCCUCCAAAACUGUGAGAAAUACAUUUCUGUUGUUUAAGUCACCCAGUUCAUGGUACUUUGUUAGGCAGCCCUGGCAAACGAAUCAAAGACCAUUCCUGUUCCUCUCUCCACCGCUACUGUUUUCUACCAUAAUCUGAAGCUUCAACAAAAGGCUUACCUGGUAAGAAUAUUCAGCUGGUCUGGGUCCCCAAGACUCCAACAGACACUCUUAGAGAAGGAUUGCUGAUGGAUUGAUAGUGAAACCAUUAGAUCAUUGAAUUCCUCUGGAAUUAGAAAAUGAGACAGUCCCAUUUUAAGAAAUUAGGUAUUUAAUCUAGCAUUAUGUGUUCUAUUUUAGUAACAGCAGAAUCUCUUGACAUUACACAAUUCAGUGAAACAAAGAACGUCAUUUAAGCCAAAACAUCUCGCAAAGUGACUAAUAGACUCUGAGCACUAAUAUCAUAGUACUCUGAUGAUGGACAAUUACAUAGCACCAAUAGCAGCCAUGCACUGUGCAAAGCAUGCCCUUCUGCACAAGAGAGCAAGGCACUUGCAGCAGUGAUCUAUGCCAGCAAAACAUCAUUUUGAGACAAACAUUUUUGUGGCAGAUGUUCUUCCUAAAAAGUACUAUAUCAUCCAAGAAAUAUUUGAGUAAAAUCCCUUGUGCUUUUGGGUGACAUUAACCGACAUUUGCUUUUUUCCAAGACCUAAUAGAAAAUAAGAAAACCCAUAAUGUAUUUAGAAACAGGAAUCCACAGAGCAAGUCUCCAUACUCUCAUAUAAUUUCAAUGUAAAACAGAAAACAUAUUGAUGUGUUGGUGAUAGGCUUGAAUUAUUAAAAACUUCAGAAGAAUUCUAAAUGUUUCUUUUCUGCUCAACAUUGACAACUAUGGUAGGUUUCCCUUGUGGUGUAAUGAAUUGCCCCCAAACUAAUAUCUUAAAACAACAAAGAUUUAUUACCUUAUAGAGUUUCUGAGGGUCAGGAUCCGGGACUGGCUUGGUGGAGUUGUUCUGAAUUAGGGCCUUUGUAAAGUUGUAGUUAACUUGUCCCCAGGGCUGCCAUCAUCUCAAGGCUUGGGUAGGGCUGGAAAAAAUCUGUUUCUAAGCUCACUCACGGUUGUUGCCAGGCCUCCAUUCUGUAGGAUGCUAGAAAAACUUUCAUAAAAUGUCAUCUGGCUUCUCCUAGAGCAAUGAUACUGAGAGAGAAAGCACAUGAGAGAAAGAACGAGGGAACUUGGAUGUAAGCCACAGUCUUUGAAAACCUAAUCACAGAAGUGACAUCUCUUCUUUCACACGAUAUUGGUCACAUGGACCAACAAUGGCUCAAUGUGGAGAGAACAAACAGAGUUGAGAAUAUCAGGAGGUGGGGCUUCAUGGGGGCCAUUCUGGAUGCUAUCACAGUGAAUAUAUGUAUUUAUAUUUACAUAUGUAUAUAUUGCAAUGUAAUUUUUAAAUAGGAUUGUUUUCCUUUUCUUUUUGCUGUAUGUGAUAUGUAUUUCAAAAUACAUUCCCAAUAGUCAUAACUAUUAGAAAAGUACUACACUAAAAAACUUUCUAUAUGUUGUAUAAUUAAAUUAAAUAAU